CGCGAGCGAAAAUGUGAAGGUGGAAUCCGACUGAGCAGCAUUGUGUUCUAACCGGCGACUGUUUCUCUGGAAAAAAAAACAACCGACAUUCCCACACAGCAAAAGCAGGAGCUUUGUUUGGAAUUAAUAAUCCCUGGAAAUAGCCUCGCUUUCUUUUAUUCCUCUUAUAUUUUUUCUAGCCCUCUUUCUGGCUCUGUCCACCUUCUCAGAAAUUGACUGGGAGCAGUGUUGCGGAGAGUGAGGAGCAUCAUUUACGUCCACUGGAUAUUCAUUUUUUUAAUCACACAAUUUGGAAGGAGUAAAACUGCUGAAGAUUUUCUCGUGCUUUAUGGGAUUAUUUUCGACAAAGCGGCUUUGUUUUAGAUAAGAAACACAUUGGGCAUCAUGAGUUCCAGUGCAGCUUAUCACCAAGGCUCAACGGGAGGUGAACGAAGCUCUGGACCAAUCCGGUGUCAACGAUGUCGGGAGGUGUGCAAAGGAGAGGUGGUGCGAGUACAAGACACCCACUUUCACGUCAAGUGUUUCACCUGCACCGUGUGUAACUGUGAUCUGGCACGAUCGGGCUUCUUCCAGAAGAAGGGCGAGUACAUCUGUACAGCAGACUAUCAGCGUCUAUAUGGUACACGCUGCGACCGCUGCGACAGCUUCAUCACAGGAGAGGUGGUCUCCGCUCUGGGACGCACUUACCACCCAAAGUGCUUUGUCUGCAGUGUCUGCAGUAAACCCUUCCCCAUUGGAGACAGAGUGACGUUCAGUGGAAAGGACUGCGUGUGCCAGCAGUGCUCUCACACACUCGUCAAGUCAAAUGAACCGAUCAAGAUCCAUGGGCCCAGCCACUGUGCUGGAUGUCGGGCCGAGAUCAAGCAGGGUCAGUCUCUCCUGGCGUUGGAGAAACAGUGGCACGUCAGCUGCUUCAGAUGUCGGACCUGCAAUAUGGUCCUCACCGGAGAGUACAUCAGCAAGGAUGGAGUGCCGUACUGUGAGGCAGAUUACCACGCACAGUACGGGGUGAAAUGUGAGACCUGCAGCAGAUACAUCAGUGGAAGAGUUCUGGAGGCGGGAGGGAAACACUACCAUCCGACCUGCGCUCGCUGCGCCCGCUGUAACUUGAUGUUCAAAGAGGGAGAGGAAAUGUACCUGACAGGGUGUGAGGUGUGGCACCCAUUAUGCAAGCAGGCAGCGAGGGCAGAGAGGAGACUUAGGCACAGACGCCUGUCAGAGACCUCCAUCUCUCCUCCAGGCUCCUCCAUUGGCUCUCCCAGUAGGGUUAUAUGUGCCAGAGUGGAGAAUGAGAUCCUAGAUUAUAAGGACCUAGCUGCCCUGCCAAAGGUCAAGGCCAUAUAUGAGGUCCAACAGCCAGACCUCAUAUCCUCCUCAUACCAGCCCUUCCACAGAUACAACUUUGAUGACAGGCUAGACACUUACAGCUAUGGGGAGUCACUUGGGACACUCUCUCCCUAUUCUCAGGACUAUGACAGCCUGGAUGUGAAGCAGAGGCGAUGCUCCAGUCCAGGUUAUAUUGACUCCCCGACAUACGGUCGUCAAGGCAUGUCACCCAUCAUGCCUCGCUCUCCGCAGCACUAUGGCUACCCUGGCUCUGAGAGUGGCAGGAGCUCACCUUAUUACGGCCAAGAAGGGCGGUCAAGCACACCCACCACAAACCAGCCCCCUAAACAUUUUCAUGUACCAGACAAUCAUUUGGACUCAGCCACUAAAAGCAGGACCAGCGAGGACAUCCUCAGAUCCUCCAGACUGUCCACCUACUCUCCUGAGCCAUACACCCAGUCAGAGUCUGACUACUACCCGUACACCAGCUCCCCCAAGGCCUAUCGGGUGCCGAGAAGACGGUUCUCGACAGGAGGAGAUGAAGAGAGUUGGAGUCACAGUCUUCAAAGAAUUGGGAGUGGCAUCGGGAGGAUGAUCCUAAAGGAGGAGAUGAAAGCCAGAUCUGGUUCCUAUGACAACGACCCCUGGGGCAGUGCGAGGAAUUCUCGUAGUGGGAGCAAGGAAACACUCAAUACUACAGGCUACGGCACCACGGCGUACAACAACACUGUCAACGGAUCUCCUCGAUCUCAGUACAGCACUGAUGGCGAUUUUGUUUGUAAGUCAGCUUCGCUACCAGGAUAUGGACGCAACGGCAUCCAGAGGCCUCAGAGUGCAGACUGCUACCAGUACCAGUAUGACAGUGAGGUCAACUGGGGAAGCAGAGCAGAAUACAAGAUUUACCCCUAUGAAGCACUUAUUGUCACCACCAGGGGGCGCAACAGGCUGCCCAAAGACGUAGACAGAGCCAGACUAGAGCGUCACCUGUCCCCAGAGGAGUUCGUCCAGGUGUUUGGCAUGACCAUAGAGGAUUUUGACCGGCUGGCUCUGUGGAAGAGGAACGAGCUAAAGAAACAGGCCCGUCUCUUUUAAUAAUGUACUAACGUCUGUUGAAUACUGCCAUAAGUACAGCAAGAGACUCGACUAACUGUAGGGAGGAAAGAAAGACAUAGGAAGACUUCUACUCAGUUUCACUGCCAUGGCUGAGAACCUGUUCUAGAUCUCCUCACAUGACGAACCAAAUUCUGGUCACACCAGCGUGGACCUCUGGGAUACAGAGGGAAGGCCACAGAGACAUUAUGCACAGACAGACUGAUAAACUGUUACAUGGUUGCCAGUGCAGCUGUAUCUGUGUGAUGGAGUGGUGUGUAAGCAAUAGGCGCGGAUGCCAUGUACAGUAGUGUUGUGCUUUUCUUAAGCCUGAAGGAUGGGUGAAGGCAUGACUGUGCCCCUAUAAGGCCACAUGAGGGGAUGUAUGUGACCAGAGCCGCAGUACUAAAACACAAUGAGGAGAAUUUUGGCUUUGCCUUAUUUGUUAUGCUCUCUUAGUUAUGAGUGUGCAGCACCAGCAAUCUGAAUGAGUAGAAUGUAGUUACAGUAUAUCAUUUAUGACACUUUACCAGUGUGAAUGAUUAGAUGACAAAAAUGAAUGAGUGAGAACACAUUUUGCUUUGGUUCAUAAGGAUGCAUUUUGUUUACCCAUUCCCCUGUUUUUGCUCUCUCACACUAAAUACUGUGUUCUCUCUGGUUUACAUUGAUUGAUAUAGAAACAAACAAGAAGCAAUGGGAAGUGGACAAAAUUUUUACAAUUGUAUGUGUGAACUGCAUUGAUUUAUUUGAACAUGAAAACCAAAGUGAGAAUGCAAAUAUACAGAUUAGCAGAUCACUUCCAUGUAAUGUUCUGGUUACAUAGUUAAAGGCCACCAAUAGAUACAGUCACUGUGCAGCUGUAAGGUAACCUAUAAGAAUGUGCAAUCCAGUAGAUUUAAUAGAUAAAAGAAAACACCAAUUCAGUCCUCUUGUUCAUUUUCCAGCUCAUUGCAAUAGGAUGGUGACUAAAUGUUUUAGAAGACAGUAGUCACCCAUACAUGUACAUUCAUUAUUAUUUAUAUUCUUUUAGAAUGAUAAUCCAAUAAUUUUGUAGCUACAGAGAUUAUAAUCACUCACAAUGAAAUGUUCUGCAAGGUAUUUAACACACUGACAAAGAUCCAGGGUUGUUGAAGACUUUCCUUUGAAUACUGUUAUUUUUGAUUUUGUCACUAAAAAUUAAACUUAAAAACAAAUUCUGCCUCCUUUGUUCUUAUUUAUAGUUGGGAAACAUCACCACAUGUAAUAUAUACUGCAUAUUGUUAGAUAGGCUUAUUCAUUUUCUUGCUGAGUAGACCUUUUUCAUGGCAGACAUUUAGACUUUUCAAAGCAGGAAAAGCACAAUUGGAAUUAAUAUCAUUAAUGAUGGCUGUAUUGCAUUUAGGUGAGCCAAAUUUGUAAUUUAAAAAAUGUAAUUUAGCUUCUUAUGUACACAAUAGUAAGCAUGAAGAAAUUAGUUUCAAUCCACAUUCAAAUUAUUGUCAUUUAAGUUUUUGUAAACUUUCCUGACACUGGGUUUGGGCAUGCUUCAAUAUUUAUUAUGAAAAUUAUACAAUAAGUUCCAUGAACCAAUCAUAAAUGACAUGAUGUGCUGUGGUAAGCACAUUGUCUUAUUUCGGGUUGCCAGAGUUUCUGUGUCAUUGGUAGUGUUUCUGCAUCUCAACCCAGUUAAUUUUGCUAUAUUCUUCGUUACAUUACAUUUAAAUGUACACUAGCACUCUUAGCUCUCUCCUUCUUUUAGCGGCUUUCUCGCAAGUCACAUGCUUUUCAGAUCUGCUAGUUACUUUAGCUUAGCAGUUAACAAUGGCUUCCCUCUCUCCCUCUCGCUCUCCUGCUCUCUCUUCUCGUCUUAUGUUUAGAUAUUCCCCUGCAUACUUUACUAAUAAUGGUACAUGUAAUAAAUGUAGAAUAUUUACCGUUUUGGAGACAAGGCUCAGUGAGUUAGAAGUGCGGCUCCUCGUGGAAACCCAAUUGUUAGCUACUGUAGUUAGCCAGCCCCCAGUAGCCAGUGCGGGUGUUAAUCAAAAUGUGAUCUGCCAUGCCUACACAGUCUUGGGAAAUGGUCUAAACAGCAAAAUGUGCUGUUUUUUGAACUAGGUUUUCUAAUAGUUAUGGACCUUUAUUUUCACUCAGAUUUUUGUGGCAGCUUAUGAGACAUUCAACUUUGAUAUCAUAUGCAUUUUUACUAUUUCAAGCCAAAUUUGCAGAGGCUUUAAUGGUAUUAAUUGUUUUUCAUGCUCAAGUCAACACUUCUGACGUGAAAAGGGUCUGUCAGAUGAGAGAAUCAAUCACUCCUGCAUCUGUUUAUAUAAUUGUUUGUUGGUGCCAGCGGUUAGACUAGCUUAGCAUAAAGACUGGAAUCAGGGAGGAGCAGCUAUCCCAACAUAACCUCCCUAAAUGUCAAUUUUUUGUUUUACUUCUUUUAUUAAUUUUGUACGAAAUAAACAAACAAGACAUUGUGUGCUUUCAAAGUGCUGGUAGGCGUAUUUUGUCACCUUUGGAGUUAGGCUAGCUGUCACCACCCCGGUUUCCAGUCUUUAUGUUAAGCUAAGCU